AAAUCCGAAAGUCAACCCAGCGGGCGUGCUGCCCGCCGCAGCAGAUUUGACUCCAUGAAGCCAUGGCAUCGCCCGAAGGUCUCAACGGCUAUAGUGCCCUUGAGUUGGGCCAUGCAGCGCGGAAGUCCCUGGCACGCGGCGAUGUCCAGGAGGCAUUGAGGGCCAAGGAAGCCAAAGACGUUGCUGAGCGCCUCCUAAGAUGCAAAGAUGAGGAGUUGGCACGGAAGAUGGCCAAAGCCGCUGAUCGCAUCGACGAUGAGACUUCGUUGUUGUGGAAGCUGUCUCGCGACUUCUACCUCAUCAGCAGGAAAAAACAGAUCGAUCUGGUCGAACGCUUUGUGAAAGGCUUCGUACAGCUGCCCUCGUCAGAACAGGCCAAAGCAGUUCUGGCGCUUGCACCUCGUGUGCGCCUGGCGCGCCGGGGCUGGGCAGAGGGUGCCAAGAAGAGCAAAGAUGGGCGAGGGCGGCCGAGUGUGCGCACUGGCGAGGAGAGUCCCAAGGCUGGCGACCUGUGCUUUCCACCUUUGGUCGGAGCGAGAGGAAGGCGUGAGGCUGACAGCUCUGUGGUGGCACUCUUGGAUCAGUUGGAUUCAUCGCUUCGGCGCUUGGCAGUGGAGGACCGAGAGCGCCUGCACCGACGCAUGGAUCGGGCAGUGUCCAGCUCCUUCUCGCCCAUUGUCCUGGCUCGGAUGCUGGCACACCUACCCAGUGAAGAGGUUCACUCCAUCGAGCGAUGGAUCGUGGAUGAGGGUGCGCUACCUCCCGCCGCCGCUGCCCGGCUUUUUGGCGCCUUGCUCAAUGUCCAGCAGGCCGGCGGCAUCUUGCAGGAUGUCGUUGACGAUGUGAAAGUGGGGGCCGAAGAGCUUUGGGUACGCCUCUCGGAAGAAUUUGCCAGUCAGCCAGAAGAGAUUAGUGGCUCUUGGAGCAAUUGGUUGAAAGGCCGUCCACCGUCCCCCAGUGCUCAAUCUGUCAUUGGCGACUUCGAUGACGAUGACGCGAUGUCUGUGACCUCAAGACUUUCAUGGGCGCCGAGCAUGGCCUCCCCCUCCGGCCGAAGAUCCUCGGUGGUUUCUGCACAGCUGGGAGGGGGCUACUCUUCCAGCUCUGCCCCGCGAAAGCGCCUGUCUUGUCAGCUACAUUGCCCAGCUUCGCUGUUUCUUUUCUCGGACAAGCCCAUCGCAGGUGCCUUUCUAGGCGAUGGGCGCCGACCCUCCCAAGAGCUCAUUGAUUUUGUCAUGGUCGAUGUGAAGAAACCAUCGAUGGACAAGACAUUCAUUGAACUUGAUGAAGCCAAGGAGGAGGCCCUUGGAGCUGACGAAGUCACCGACAAGGCUGAACCAGAGGUGGAGGACACGGGUCAUGCCUCCAGUAGUGCUGCUUGAAGUGAUGCGGAUGAUUCGAGGCUUAAUGUUAAUGCAUUUGGGUCAGCUUGUGUGAAUCUUGAAGAGAGGGCUCUUCCACAAGUUGGCGCGCAUGAGGUGCCAGAUAUUUUUAAUGGCGAUCGCAUGUCUUAGGAGUGUGGGAGUGUGGGAGUGCAUUCCAGCAUGUACUGUAACAUCCUGUUGCUGAUUGAGUGCAGUUCUCAUACAGAAGUUGAACGUCGCCACUUGUUGUUG